AGGAAGUCAACAUUCAACAGUCAAAGCCUCGGAAAAUUUUGCUGCGUUUAUCAAUUCCAAAGGAACCCAGCUGCCCACGCAUUCCAGAAUUCACAUAGCAACCAAGGAAAACGAGAACAUAAAAACUCACGCCUCUCUUCUGUGAAUUCUAAAACCACUUCUUCUACGGUCCCUCCCUUCCACCCCCAGUCGCUCAACCACAUACCAUGGCCGACGACGAAGGUUUCCCAAUUCCACCCCACAGGAAUGUUUAUGAUCUCAAUAGCAAGAUCAUGCUCACCGCAAUUAUAUCUUUAUCAGUAGUUGUUCUGCUUGUCAUAAUGCUUCACAUUUAUGCCAGGUGUGUCCUUAGACGCCAAGUGCGCCGCCGCCGUCAAGCCUUUCUAGGACGCAUUCGUAGCACAGGUCUAACCACGUCUGGUGAGCCACCCAAGACCGGGCUGGAUCCCAUGGUUAUCAACUCAUUGCCCAUAUUCGUGUUCAAACAAACAAGCGACGACGUCGGUUAUUAUCACGAUGAUGAUGAUAUGUCAACAGAGUGCGCGAUUUGCUUAAGCACGUUGGAGGAUGAAGAGAUGGCCAGAUUUUUACCAAACUGUAAGCACACCUUCCAUGCUGAGUGCAUAGACAAAUGGUUGGCCUCGCAAUCCACAUGUCCAAUUUGCCGAAUGGAGGUGGAGCCACGGCUGCAACCGGAGCCUCGUGAAGGUCCAGCUAUAGCGAUUGUCGAUUCUGCUGCUGCUGAUGCUCCACCCACAGCUCAAUCACAAUCAUUGGAAAGAGUGAAUUCCACGGGUCAUUGUAUGGAAGGGACAUCAGAUGCUGGUAUCCAAUUAUCCUCAACUAAGGUCAUCAAUUGCUCUAGCUCACGCUUGAGUUCCUUUCGUAGGAUGCUUAGUAGAGAAAGAUCAAUGAGAAGAGGUCCAUCAUGUGAGGAGAAUGAAGAUGUUACACAAGAUUUAGAAAGACAAUGAUAAAUUAUGGGAAGUGAGAUUAAAGACUGCAAGUCGAAGUAGAUUUCGUUAUGACACUAUUUAAAAAAUUCCUAAAUCCAUCCGUAAAUGCUGCAGGAGCCCUUUACCAUCAGAUCGGUUCUGAUAUGCACACGCCUAUCUCUUCUAUCUUUAAAUCCGGUAAGAAUUGAUCAUGCUUCCGGCUCCCAUUCAGUAGGCUUUCGUGUCAAUCCUUUGUAUUCAUAUGAUGACACUUUUAACAGUUUGGAACUACUUUGUUUGACAUGUCUAAUGCAUCUAGAU